CACACACUAGAUUAAUAUCUCACUUCUGCUUUGUCGGGGCAGUCUGUUUUCAGACACUUCCAGCGUUCACAUCUCAUAGUGCUCAAAGAAAUGUUUCAUGUUGUCUUUUUGUUUUGCUUGUGGUUGUGCGAACUGGCUGGAGUGUUUGCUGGUCCAGAUGAACUGAAGUCAGUGUCAGUGACGGAGGGAGAUUCAGUCUCUCUAAACUCUAGUCUCACUGAAAUGAUGGACGAUGAUGUGAUUCUGUGGAGAUUUGGAGAUAAUAACACUUUAAUUGCUCAAAUCAAUGUACUGGAGGACAGCAUGACUGUAUAUGAUGAUGUUCCUGAUGGGAGAUUCAGAGACAGACUGAAGCUGGACGAUCAAACUGGAUCUCUGACCAUCACAAACACCACAACUGAACAUGCUGGAGUUUAUCGACUACAGACCAACAGUGUGAGAAAGAGUUUCAAUCUCACUGUCUAUGCUCGUCUGCCUGUUCCUGUCAUCAUCAGUAACUCUUCACGAUGUUCUUCAAAUUGUUCAGUGGUGUGUUCAUCAUCAGUGUUGAGUGUGUGUGAUGCGACUCUGUCCUGGUACGCAGGAAUGAGUGUAUUGUCCAGCAUCAGUGUGUGUGAUCUCAGCAUCAGUCUCUCUCUACCUCUGGAGGUGGAAUAUCAGGAUAAAAACACCUACAGCUGUGUGCUGAACAAUCCCAUCAGCAACCAGACCACAAAUCUGGACAUCAACACACUCUGCAGACACACAUGUGCAGCACCGGACACACACUCUUCUUCACUCUCUCCAGUGUCUCUAAUAGUGUUGAUCUCGGCUGGAUCUCUGAUGAUUGUGUCUGCAGUCGUGGUAUUUUCUGUUCGCAGGAAAUGUAGAAAAACUUCUGAAGAAGAUCAGACUCUUGAAAAAGAGAUCACUUACGCUGAGCCAACGUUCAUCAAAAGACACGCACAUAAAACGAAUUUUAAAGAGGAAGAUCAAGUAGAGUAUGCACCAGUCGCCAUGAGAACCUCCUGCAAUAACCUUUACAACUCCUGCUGACAAGUUCCUUAAAGCUUGUAGAUGAGUUUUGGGAUCGUUGACAGUCAGUACAUGUAAACCCCCGUCACACCGACAGAGACAUGCAGUGACUAAACCCGCAUACUUACUUAGAAACAGAAAUUUUUGGAUCCAUUUGAGCUUGGGGUGCAUUGAAAAUGUUAACUUUAUAACUUCUACACUGUGACGGACUGCCAUAGUGCGAGACAAGAAUUACCAGUAUUCUUCCACUAAAAUGUUUUUCUUUAAACACUAUUUCUGUAA